AUGUCGAGCAUUUGCAGCAGCAUACGCUUCAGCGUGAUAUUUCGAGAACGAAAACGUACUUCGCCAGAACUACAUGAAGGUCUCCAAAAAUUUGUAGCAAAUUGUGAUACUGAGUGUAUUGUGGCCUUUAUUGCGAAAUUGUUUUUUAAAAGAUAGUAUGCCUAUUAAUUCAAUUUAUUCGGACUGAACUGAGUGUACAAUUGCUUUGCAUUAAAAAAAAUUAGUCAUGUAGCAUCCAUAAAUUAAUCAAGGAUUUAAAUUAAACACAGCAGAGAAAAGAAACAUUAGAUUCCAAAUAGUGUGAAUUUAUUGGAGGCACAGGCAACAGUGGGCUAAUGCUACUGGCGAGAUAUUUACUGAAGUGGUUAGGCCCUUGCUUUUUUUCAUUCUGUCUCCUCCCUUUUCUAUCUCCCAUCCUUGCUCAAAGUUGAUGCUUCUCGUUACUACUAUAGCCGCUUCUCUUUCUUCUGCUCUUGGUUGACUCAAAUUUUUGCUAUUUUUAGUUUCUAUUCCUAAAUGCUCAAACUCCUAUAUUCAGUCAGAGUUUUUAAAGUCAAUUAGUUCCACUUAGCAAUCUGAUUAUUUUGAAACGUAACAACUAUGGCUUUUUGCCUUUAAUUUCAUAGUUAUAAAGUUAAACACAGUAGUAUAUAUUUAACAUGAAUUCUCUCAAUUUUAGACUGUAUGCAAAAUGAAUUAUAAAAUGUUCUAAAAUGUUUUUUUUACGAAAUUUAAUAGUUCUAAACUGUAAUUGUUUCAGAAAGUAGUUAGAUGAGCUCCGAAGUGCGCGGGCCAGCCUGACAUGCGUGGACAAUCCACGCAAUAUGCGGCCUUGCACGCCGUUUACAAAAACAAUUUUUCAAAACAAACAAUUGGAUUUUUCCCGUACUAUUCACGCCGGCCUGGGCGCUGUAAGAUACUGGAGAAAAACUAUUUUCAUUAACCUUCUUUAUUCACAAAAGUCCCAACAUGGAAUUGAACACAAAAGAGCUUCUGGCUCAAGCCCAAUAUGUUCCCGAAAACAAUGCUUGAAAUCAUCAAACAUUGUGCCUUCUCCAAUAGUAUUGUCAGACUCGAAAAAAGCCAGUUCCCCUAGACGACAUUGGACCAAUAUUCUACGUAUUGUCACUGAUGUAAGCAUUCUAAUUAAUUAUUUUUAAUAAUAAUUUUUGAUUCCAGAGUUUUUUUAUAAUUCAUUUACUGUUAUUGUUCAAUAGUGCUUCAGCAGCUCAUCUACCUAGUAGCAACAUACCAUGCACCAACUUCGGGGUUUUUACGCAGGUAUUCAAUAUGCAAUGAUAAUUUUAAGAAAUUUUUUCAGCGUAAUGGCACUAUCGCUGACAGAUGCAUAAUUUGGUCAGACAAUAUUAUUCCGGAAAUAUGUUCAGCUGGAUUGCAGUCCCGCCUUCGAAUACUCAGACAUGUAUUUCUGUUUUCCGAAUUACAGCCAUUAUCGUUUUUCGAAGUUUUAAUUUUUCAAAAAAGACCUAGAAGUAAAAAAUGAACUGUUCAGCUUUUCUCAGUUGGUAUGAAAAACGCAGACACGUGGCAAUUGCACAGCGGAGAAAGAGGAAAUGACUGCAUUUCCGGAAGCAUCAAUCGUUGCACAACGUGCUUUCGUAAAAUAGCAGGUGAGCGAGUUUUGAAAAAUCGACUGUCAAACAUUGCAUUAGCUUUGAAAUCGUGCAAAUUUCUCCAGGUACUCUUGGAAAAUUGAAUGAAGCCUAUCGAUCUUUCGAUACUACACUAUCACGUUUUGACUGUUUGCCAGCAGUAGACACAGCUUCUGCAACUAGACCAUUUUCACCUAAUGCAACAUGUGAUAACUGCAAAGUAACCUUAAUUCUGUUGUAUUUUUUAAUUCAAAUAUUGUUCAACUAGAUAUGGUAUCGUCGAUGGUUGUUGAUCCAUACCCUUCAAAUAUGGCAACGAGCGUCAUGUAUUAAUUGGUGUUAUUACACCCAGUUGGCAUGUCCACAUCUAGCGCCAGCAAAAUUAUGGGAUUACGCAGGACAUCCUUCUUUCCAAUGUAGAGGUGUGAACUUUACAAAUUCGUUUUUGCAGACAAUGCUAAGAAAUUUUAGAUAUGGACAUUGACAGUUGGCGACAUGAAUGCGACUGCAUUCAUCCAUGUGAUGUCAAAGGCAUUGUAGGACCUGGGAUUAUAGGAAACGCCCCUUCCGUUCAACAUGACUUUUUUGCAGCGCAAGUAUGGAGUUGUACUCACAGUUAAUACUGUAUUACAGGGCGUGUCCUUCUAUUUUUCAGUGUUCCAAAAAUAAUUUUGCUUAAAUUUUUAAAUCGUGUGAAACGUCCGAAAAUUGACUUAAGACUCACUUUGCUGGGUGCUGUUCCAUUAGAGGUUCCCUUUUAAUACAGUAUUUAUAACAAAUUCAUUACCACCGAAAAUAGCAUUCUUUCAGAUUCACUGUGAAACUCGAGCAAAAGAAUGCCACAAACAGUCAAAACCAUCUAGAAUAA